AUCAGCUCUGAGGAGCGGGGCGUGGACUCUUAGCAACUCUUCUCUGCCCUUAAAUUUGAGGAGACGGCGGACUUUCGGGAAAAAAAAGGAAAAGAUAAAGAAAGCGAUCGUUUUGAAGCUGGCUACAUGAUCCUGAUUUUAAAAGAAAGGCUCACCCAAGAGUAACCAUGGAUGACAUCUUCACACAGUGUCGAGAAGGAAACUCUGUAGCUGUCCGCCUGUGGUUGGACAACACAGAGAAUGACCUCAACUUGGGUGAUGAUCACGGCUUCAGCCCCCUCCACUGGGCAUGCAGGGAGGGGAGGAGCGGUGUUGUUGACAUGCUCAUUAUGAGAGGCGCUCGUAUCAACGUGAUGAACCGAGGAGACGACACCCCGCUGCACCUUGCUGCCAGUCAUGGACACAGAGACAUUGUGGCAAAGCUGAUUCAGUGCAAAGCUGACCCCAAUACAGUCAACGAGCACGGGAACACACCGCUCCACUAUGCCUGCUUCUGGGGGCAAGAUGAAGUAGCAGAGGACUUGGUGGCGAGUGGUGCCCAGGUGUGUAUUUGUAACAGAUAUGGUCAGACACCUCUGGACAAGGCCAAGCCUCACCUAAGACAGAUCCUUGAAGAAAAGGCAGAGAAAAUGGGUCAGAGUAUGACCAAAGUCCCUUACAAAGAAACCUUCUGGAAGGGCACCAUGCGAACAAGGCCUCGUAAUGGUACCCUCAACAAGCAGGCUGGUAUUGAUUAUAAGCAGCUUUCACUCCUUGCCAAGAUCAAUGAAAACCAGUCAGGAGAGUUGUGGCAGGGUCGGUGGCAGGGAGAUGAGAUUGUAGUGAAGGUGCUACAAGUUAGAGACUGGACCACAAGGAAGAGCAGAGACUUCAAUGAGGAGCACCCCAAACUCAGGAUCUUUUCUCAUCCAAACAUUUUGCCUGUUCUCGGAGCAUGUCAGUCACCUCCAUCACCUCAUCCCAUCAUCAUUACACACUACAUGCCAUAUGGAUCCCUCUUCAAUAUACUCCACCAGGGCACGACUCUUGUUGUUGACCAAAGUCAAGCAGUGAAGUUUGCGUUGGACAUUGCCAGUGGUAUGGCCUUCCUUCAUACCUUAGAGCCAAUGGUUUCCCGGCUUUACCUCAACAGUAAACACGUCAUGAUUGAUGAAGACAUGACAGCCAGAAUUGGCAUGGCAGAUGCAAAGUUCUCCUUCCAGUGUCCUGGUCGUAGUUACUCUCCUGCAUGGAUGGCCCCUGAAGCCCUGCAGAAGAGGCCUGAAGACAUCAAUAGAAGAUCUGCCGACAUGUGGAGCUUUGCAGUGUUGCUGUGGGAGCUGGUUACCCGAGAGGUCCCAUUUGCAGACCUCUCACAUAUGGAGAUAGGCAUGAAGGUGGCUCUCGAAGGUCUGCGGCCGACCAUUCCUCCAGGGAUCUCUCCUCAUAUCUGUAAACUGAUGAGGCUCUGCAUGAACGAAGACCCAGCCAAGAGGCCCAAGUUUGACAUGAUUGUCCCCAUCCUGGAGAAAAUGCAGGACAAGUGAACGCCUCCACAGCAAUACUAUGCCUUUUUUUUUAUCUUCAAACCACUCUCUUCACUUCAAUCAUGUACCUGCUAAGCCACUGUAAAUAAUGUCAGAGACCACUUCAGCUACACAACUCAAACUAGAAUUAUUUUAAUGCUUGUAUAAUUUAAUUUUUAGAUAUAAAUGUUCUUAAGCCUGAUAUAUUAUAUGUUGCUCUUUUAUUAUGGCUAAAAAUGUUUUAUUAAAAUAUGGGCUUUUUGACUCUGACAGACACAGAUCCAAAGACAUGUGUAUAGAAUUAAUGCUUUUGUACACAUGAGCGAAUACCAAUGCAAUAAAUAUUUUAUAUUUAUACCACAAAA